AUGGUUACCACAAUCGUUCUGGUUCGUGAUGAGGAUGAUGCUUUGAGAGAUCAAGAGGGCCACUUGCGCAAUGAGCAGGGCCGAAAGCUUGAUGUAGAGGGCAAUGUGAUUGCUGAACCAGUUGUCAACCAGCAAGCUGUUGCCGAUGAGGAGAAGCAGCAACAAGGGAACAACUUCACAAGGACUUAUGGAAACUCUUCCUAUCAAUCUCCACAUCCACAAACUCCUUCUGAGAGUAGAAUGGAGGCCAUGCUUGAGCAGCUUCUUCAAGGACAAGAGAAUAUGACAGUGACAUUCAAUGGGAAGAUUGAUAAUGUCUACACAGAGCUUACUGGAAGGAUUGAUGCACUGAAUGUACAUGUUAAGCAAUUGGAGAGUCAAGUGGCACAGACUGCUGGAUCUAAGCAGCAACAAGGGAACAACUUCACAAGGACUUAUGGAAACUCUUCCUAUCAAUCUCCACAUCCACAAACUCCUUCUGAGAGUAGAAUGGAGGCCAUGCUUGAGCAGCUUCUUCAAGGACAAGAGAAUAUGACAGUGACAUUCAAUGGGAAGAUUGAUAAUGUCUACACAGAGCUUACUGGAAGGAUUGAUGCACUGAAUGUACAUGUUAAGCAAUUGGAGAGUCAAGUGGCACAGACUGCUGGAUCUGUUAAAAGGGAUGCUCUUCUUGAGUUCAAGAGUGAGUUUUCGAUCCAGAAGCCUGUUGGGUAUUUGGUUGUUUCAUAUGGGUCCUCUUAUCCAAAGACAGAAUCAUGGGUGAACAGAAGUGACUGUUGUUCUUGGGAUGGUAUCACCUGUGCUGCUAAGUCGGGCAAAGUGAUCGGGCUAGACCUUAGUUCCAGCAACCUCCAUGGCCCGCUUAAAUCCAAGAGCAGUCUUUUCAGAAUGCGUCAUCUCCGUGAUUUGAACCUUGCUUACAACAACUUCACCGGUUCGCCAAUCCCAGCUGAAUUUGACAAACUCAUGGAGCUAAAAAGACUUAAUCUCUCCUGGUCUUCACUAUCAGGCAAAAUUCCAAUCAACCUUCUUCAGCUAACCAAGUUGGUGUCUCUCGAUCUUUCUUCUUCUCUUGAUUAUGAUGGUUCUUCGUUUUUAUCCAUUGAUGGAUCCUUUCUUCAUCUACUUGCUCAAAAUUUGAGGAAUCUUAGAAAACUGGAUAUGAGCAAUGUAAACAUUUCUAUCCCCCAUGAGUUUUCAAACAUGCGAUCUCUAAGGUCACUACAUCUUACCAACUGCAACCUGUCUGGAGAGUUUCCAAGUAGUGUUCUUCUGAUACCGAGCUUACAGUCCAUUAGAUUAAGCUUAAAUCCAAAUCUAAGAGGCAAUCUUCCCAUGUUUCGUGAAAAUAACUCUUUAGUAGAGAUGUCCACUAAAGGCACAGCCUUUUCAGGUCUCAUACCCGACUCCAUUAGCAGGCUCAAACAUUUGACUUCUUUGACCCUUUCCGUCUCUAAGUUCUCAGGAAAGAUUCCGAUUUCACUUGGGAACCUUUCUCAUCUCUCUAUUCUCGAUCUUGGUGGGAAUAAUUUUGUUGGUGAAAUCCCAUCUUCAAUUGGCAAUCUAAAACAAUUGACUGUUUUUGAUGUUAGCUCUAACAAGCUCAAUGGAAAUUUGCCAAUUUCGAUACUCAAUUUUACCCAACUACGUAGACUCUGGCUCUCUCCAAAUCAGUUCACAGGUUUCCUUCCACCAAACAUCAGCCAAUUCUCCAAAUUAGAGUCUUUUUUGGGUGGAGAUGAUUCUUUUACAGGAGCCAUUCUUUCAUCCCUACUCAAGAUUCCCUCAUUGACCCGAAUCUAUUUGAGUUAUAACAAAUUCAGCGAUUUGACUGGGAUUGGGAAUAUCUCUCUGUUACCUAAUUUACUACGAUUGGGAAUAUCUUCUAUUGAAAGUAAAAAUUACAAAGUCAUUGGUCCAGGAGUUGACUUAAAUGUCUUCUCGCCUCUUAAGAAGCUUCACUCGUUAUCUCUCUCACGCAUUCCUCUUUCAACAACAAACAUCACUUCUGAUUCGGAUUUUCUACCAAAUUUGGCAUAUUUGGACUUGCGAGGCUGCAACAUCAUUGAGUUCCCUGAGUUCAUAAGAAAUGGAAGAAAACUACAAACACUAGAUCUUUCCAACAACAAAAUCAAAGGUCAAGUACCAGACUGGUUGUGGAGACUGCCAAAGUUGUUCCAGUUGAAUCUCUCUAACAACUCUCUCAGUGGUUUCAAUGGAUCCUCACAAGUUUCUCUUGAGAGUCAAAUCAGUACUGUUUAUCUAAGCUCAAAUGCUUUCCAAGGACCACUGUUCAUCCCAUCCUCCCAGCGUCUCUAUUAUUUUUCGGGUUCUAAGAAUAACUUCACUGGAGAGAUCCCUCGAUCAGUAUGUGGACUAAGCACUCUAGCAGUUCUAGAUCUAUCAAACAACAACCUCAACGGCUCAAUUCCUAGAUGUUUAGAGACUAUGGUGAUCAAUCAUCUUUCAGAUCUAGAUCUCCGUAACAACAGUCUCAGCGGCAUUCUUCCCGAAAUAUUUCAGAAUGCCAAGAGCUUAAUAACACUUGACGUCAGUCAAAACCGAUUAGAGGGCAAAAUGCCAGCUUCUCUUGGUGGUUGCUCUGCCUUGCAAGUUUUGAACGUGGGAAGCAACACAUUCAAUGACAUUUUUCCCUUCCACUUGAAAUCUUUGCAAAAGCUUCAAGUUUUCAUCCUCCGCUCUAACAAGUUUAAUGGCACAUUACAUAAUUCUGAUGGGGUUUGGUUUGGAUUUCCUCAGUUGAAAAUCAUUGAUGUAUCAUAUAAUGACUUCUUUGGUACAUUGCCAUCUGAUUACUUUUUGAACUGGACUGCGAUGUCCUCUAAGAGAGAUGAUAAUAUAGAAUUAGAGUACAUUAAUUCAGGAAACUCCUACUAUUCACUUGUGUUGAUGAGUAAAGGAGUAGCAAUGGAGAUGGAAUGUAUCCUUACAAUCUACACAUCCAUCGAUUUUUCAGGAAAUCAACUCCAUGGACCUAUUCCUGAUUCCGUUGGUCUACUGACGGAGCUACUUAUUCUCAACUUGUCAAGCAAUGCUUUCACCGGCCACAUCCCAUCUACUUUGGUAAACUUGACGAAUCUUGAGUCACUCGACCUAUCUCAAAACAAGAUUUCUGGUGAAAUUCCUCCUGAGCUUGGGGCACUCUCUUCUCUCGAAGUGAUAAACGUGUCACAUAACCAGCUUGUAGGUUCCAUUCCACAAGGCACACAAUUUCAACGACAAAAUUGCUCCUCCUAUGAAGGAAACCCCGGACUUAAUGGUCCUUCCCUUAAGGAUGUUUGCAGAGAUAUCAAAGCGCUAGCACCACCACAAUCCGAACUGAUGGAGUCAAAAGAAGAAGAAGAAGAAGAAUCAUUCAGUUGGAACGCAGCAGGUUUAGGCUUUGCACCUGGAGUUGUAUUUGGGCUGGCGAUGGGAUACAUAGCAGUUUCAUACAAGCAUGAGUGGUUCAUGAAGAGAUUUGGCCGAAACAAGCGACAAAGCAUCAGAACUCGUUAA